AUGUCUGGCCGGCUAGACCAAUCUCUCGAUUCCAUCAUCGAUAGCCAGAAGAAGGCGAAGCGCGACAAUCAGCGCCGUCGCAAGCCUGUUGGUGUCAAGGCUCGUGCUGCUCCUGUUGGUGGUGUCAAGAAGGCUACCAAGCCUGCGAAAUCUGCCGUCAAGCCCGCUGGUGGCGCGUCAGCUUCCGCUCAGCCCAGCAAGAUUGUCGUCAGUGGUCUACCCUACGACGUCAAUGAGGCCCAGAUCAAGGAAUACUUCUCCAAAUCUGUUGGUCAGGUCAAGAAAGUCUCUCUUCAGUACAACCAGAAUGGCCAGAGCCGUGGCAUUGCCGACAUAUCCUUCAACAAGCCUGGCGUCGCCGCCAAGGCGGCCAAAGAGCUCAAUGGCAUGCUGAUUGAGGUGGUGGUCGAAGCCAGCAGUGUCACGGUCCCGGAGGCCAAGCCACUGUCUGAGCGUGUUGCGUACGCCAAUCCUAAGCACAAUUCCAAGUCAGGUCCACUGAUGCAGGACAGUGCCAACCCCAAGGCUAAGCCCAAGUCUGCCACUGCCACCAAGGCUACUGCCAAGGAUGGUGCCAAAGGUCGCAAGGCCAACACGAACAAGAAGACUCGCACGCAGCGUUCCAAGCCCAAGACGGCUGAGGAACUCGAUGCCGAGAUGACCGACUAUUUCAACGCCAACAAUAAUGCUGCUGCUCCUGCUCAAGGUGUCGCUGCCAACGGAGCUGCUGCUACCGCUGCCCCAGCCGCUGCUGAUGACAUGGGCAUGGAUGAGAUCUCGGUUAGCUCUUUCGAUAUCAUUGUGUGA